AUGUUCUCGCUCUCUCUCCGCUGGGUGGACGGGCGCACGCUGCCUCUGCUGCAGUAUGUGCUGUCGCUGGCAGUGGUGCAAGCUAUUGAAGACAUGGCCAAGGAGAGAGGGACCUCCCUCCCCCAGGUAGCCCUCAAGUGGCCCAACGACAUAUUUCUGGGCGGGCUGAAGGUGGGCGGCGUGCUCUGCACGUCAUCCUACCGCAACAGGGCAUUUGACGUCACUGUGGGCAUAGGUCUGAACGUGGACAACACCCAUCCCACCACGUGCAUCAACGCUGCUCUGCAAGCUGCCCGCCCCUCUGCCCCGCCUGUCUCCCACGAGGCUCUGCUGGCCGCUCUGCUCAACCGCCUGCAUUCGCUGCUCACCGUCUUUGAACAGCAAGGCUUCAAGCCUCUGGAAGCGGAUUAUCUGCAACGCUGGCUGCACAGUGGCCAGCACGUGGUGUUGGAAGAGCCUAAAGAGGGAGGAGGCACCACCCAGGUCUCCUUGACCAUUCAGGGUCUCACUACGGGUGGUUACCUCCUCGCGACUGACCCUUCAGGGGUACAAUACGAGCUUUCCCCAGAUGGUAACAGGGUUGAAGAUGUGUAUCUAUUAAUUUCCUCCCUUUCCUUCGAUUUGUUGCCUUCGUUUCAAAUCGCAACCCUCCUUCCCUCCUUUCAAUCCUUCCCCUCCCCCUCCUUCCCCUCCUUCCCCUCCUUCCCCCCCUUCCCCUCCUUCCCCCCCUUCCCCUCCUUCCCCUCCUCCCCCCCUUCCCCUCCUUUGCUAAGUACAUGCCUACUGCGCCUGGCCCAUGGCAUCUCCCUCCGUGACCCCCGCCCGCACGCACAAUGCGCAUGA